AUGACCUCGCGCGUUGCCUCCUCCGCUUCUGCCCGUUCUCGCCGCCCUUCCCUCUCAGCCAGGCGCCUGUCCAGACGACUGUCGACACUCUCUGGUCUUGAACAUGGCGAGAUCCUCCCUACCAUUGUGCCGGCAGAACAGGCUAUUACAGAAGAGAUUGCAAAGAUAAAACGUUAUGAAGACUUUACCACCAUCGACUGGGUUCAAGAUGCUGCUCAAGAACAACUGCGAAGGCGCGCCAGGCGGAGAGAGUCGAGGUUCUUCGAGCGAGAUGGAGUUCUCGGAUGGCGUCGUAGACUCUGGGAGUCCUACGAUGCAGCUCAAGCCUGGAUUGUCAUCACCUUGGUCGGAAUAGUCAUUGGUCUCAAUGCUGCCGCCUUGAAUAUCAUCACCGAAUGGUUGUCAGACGUUAAGAUGGGAUACUGCACGACUGCCUGGUACCUCAAUGAGGGCUUCUGUUGUUAUGGCUCCGAGACAGGUUGUGAUGAAUGGAAGAGAUGGACCUCGUCCACUGUCGCCAACUACCUGAUAUAUGCUAUCUUUGCUGUUCUCCUGUCGUUCAUUGCCGCAUAUUUGGUCAAAGCUUACGCUCCGUACGCUGCCGGUUCUGGUAUCUCAGAGAUCAAAUGUAUCAUUGCCGGCUUCAUCAUGAAAGGGUUCCUGGGAUUCUGGACGUUCUUGAUCAAAUCAAUCUGUCUACCUCUUGCCAUUGCUUCAGGACUAUCCAUUGGCAAGGAAGGCCCAAGUGUCCACUACGCUGUGUGUGUCGGCAACGUUAUUUCCCGAUUUUUCGACAAAUACAAACGAAGUGCGUCAAAAACACGAGAGAUUUUGACGGCCACAGCAGGAGCAGGAGUGGCUGUAGCCUUUGGAAGUCCCAUCGGUGGCGUGCUCUUCUCCCUCGAAGAAAUGGCAUCGCAUUUUCCCUUGAAGACACUUUGGCGAAGCUAUUUCUGUGCUCUCGUGGCGACGGCCGUCUUGAGUGUCAUGAACCCUUUCCGAACAGGCCAGCUCGUCAUGUUUUCGGUCAAAUAUGACCGAGACUGGCACUUCUUCGAGAUCCUCUUCUACGUCAUUCUCGGCAUAUUCGGUGGACUAUAUGGAGCGUUCGUCAUCAAAUGGAAUCUGAAGGCUCAAGCAUUCAGAAAGAAAUAUCUGUCGAAAUACGCCAUUCCCGAGGCCGUCAUCUUGGCCGGAGCCACGGCCCUUCUCUGCUACCCCAACAUGUUUUUGAGAAUCGACAUGACUGAAAUGAUGGAAAUGCUGUUUCGGGAAUGUGAAGCCGACUAUGACUACGAUGGACUGUGCGAAUCCCAAAACCGACUGUCACUUAUUGUGUCCUUAUUGGUGGCAACCGUACUUCGCAUAUUUUUUGUGAUUAUUUCCUACGGUUGCAAGGUACCUGCGGGUAUUUUUGUGCCUUCGAUGGCGAUUGGCGCAUCUUUUGGCCGCAUGUUGGGAAUCAUGGUACAAUGGCUGCACGAGAUCUUUCCUGACUCGCCAUUUUUCUCUGCCUGUCAACCUGAUGUGCCUUGCAUCACCCCCGGCACGUAUGCUUUCCUCGGAGCAGGAGCGGCCCUGAGUGGAAUCAUGCAUUUAACCAUCUCGGUCACUGUCAUCAUGUUUGAACUUACAGGAGCCUUGACUUACAUUCUCCCCACGAUGAUUGUUGUCGGCGUCACCAAAGCGGUCGGAGAAAGAUUCAGCAGAGGAGGCAUCGCAGACCAAAUGAUAUGGUUCAGUGGAUUUCCGUUCCUCGACAACAAGGAAGAACACACGUUUGGUGUUCCCGUUUCGCAGGUCAUGACUGGUAAUAUCAGCAUGCUUCCUUCGACCGGCAUGGAAGUAAAGGCCGUCCAGAAGCUUCUCACUGAUACGACAUACUCCGGAUUUCCCAUUGUGGAAAACAAAGAUUCCAAGAUCCUCAUUGGCUACAUCGGCCGGACCGAACUUCAAUUCGCCAUAGAUCGAGCCAAAAAGCAUGGGAUGUUGGCAGCGGAUGCCAAAUGUAUAUUUACCGUGGAGCGAGAAGAUGAUACAGAGACUUCGGCACCGCCUAGCCCGGCCGUCACCUUCGACUCAAUGGCGCUCCAGAGCGUCGAUUUCAGCUCAUUUGUUGAUUCCACUCCGAUCACCGUCCAUCCUCGCCUACCUCUUGAGACAGUCAUGGAACUCUUCAAGAAGAUGGGGCCCCGUGUCAUCCUUGUCGAUCAUCAUGGCCGUCUCGAAGGUCUCGUUACGGUUAAGGAUUGUCUAAAGUACCAAUUCAAAGUUGAAGCACAGGAGCAUCACCCGACUCUCAGAGAUUAUCCGCAACACGAGACAUUCGUUGACAUUUUGGGCAGAAUCGGAGAGUACUUCACCGACAAAAUCAACCGUUUAUCCAGGGGCAAGCUGAGACUAAGUCCAAGAAUCGCCAACGGAUGGGUCAGAGUAAUUGGAAAUGACAGAAGAGAUGAUUUUGCAGAUGACUAUAAUAACGAACAUGAAAUAUUGGAUGGGACGGAGGAUAUCGCUGACGAUGGACAGGACGGCGUUGAACUCGAUACGAGAUAA